ACCCAUCUCACUUAAACCCUUUUUAUCCUUGGGCCGUUUCUUCACCCACUCGACCUCUCUGCUCGCCUCUGCUUUGCCGCCUCUCCACCGUCAGUCGCCGCAGCCGCCUUCUUCUGCACCUCCAGCCGUAGUCGCCGCCGCUAUCCUCACCACAGGAAGAAGGCAACAUGUCGAUGUCUAAGAGUUCGAAGAUGCUUCAAUACAUAAACUACCGUAUGCGAGUCACCAUUCAAGAUGGCCGUCAGCUUGUGGGUAAGUUCAUGGCAUUCGAUCGCCACAUGAACCUCGUUAUCGGCGAUUGCGAAGAGUUCCGCAAGCUACCCCCUGCCAAGGGCAAGAAGACCAAUGAAGAGCGCGAGGAUCGUCGUACCCUAGGCCUUGUUCUUCUCCGUGGCGAAGAGGUCAUCUCCAUGACCGUUGAGGGCCCACCGCCCCCUGAGGAGUCCCGAGCUAAGGCUGUCAAUGCGGCCGCUUUAGCCGGCCCUGGUAUCGGCCGCGCCGCUGGUAGAGGGGUUCCCACUGCUCCUAUUGUUCAGGCUCAGCCUGGUCUUGCCGGCCCCGUUCGCGGCGUUGGUGGUCCUGCUCCUGGCAUGAUGCAGCCUCAGAUCUCGCGUCCGCCACAGCUCUCUGCUCCACCGGUAUCGUAUCCAGCUGGGCCACCCGUGAUGCGGCCGCCUGGGCAAAUGCCGGGGUAUCCUGGGCAGGCUCCGCCUCCAAUGGCGAGAGGUCCCCCUCCGCCAAUGCCACCUGGGCAGUUUGCUGCUCGGCCGGGUGGUCCGCCACAGCCAUUCCAAGUGCCUCCGCCUCAGUUUGGACAGAGACCUAUGGGACCACCCCCUCCUGGACAGAUGGUCAGAGGACCGCCUGCUCCGCCUCGGCCUGGAAUGCCAGCUCCACCUCCUCCUCGACCUGGGAUGCCCCCUCCGCCUGGCGGUGCUGUUCCUGUAUAUGGACCACCUCGCCCAGGCAUGCCUCCUCCGCCAAACCCUCAGAAUCCGCAACAGUAAGAGUUCAAGUAGGUCUUUUGGCUGGUGCUCUGGGGAAUCUGGACUUUGAAUUUCUUGUGGUCACUUCAAAUCUAGCUUUUAUAUGUGCAGCAAUUGUUUCUUGGACAUGUCAUGUUAGGGUUUGUUGAGAUGAGAACGUAUUAUGUUAAAAAUAUUAUCACCAUUUGAGAAGAAAACAAAUGUGUAAAUGCAAUCUGAGCAAUAGACAUACUAGAUGAAGAUGACAUUGUAGAUUGUGAGAAAUUUUUGCCAGAUUGCGAAAAAAGAAAAAUGACUGAUUUGGAAAAUGUAGGACCGGACUGGAAACCUAUAACCAUGACUUUGGCGUUGUUUUCUUGUGUAGUGUUUUUGUUACUUAAUUAUAUUAUUUGAGAAGGCAUUAACAGAUAA